AUGGACUCCACAGUGGUAUGCACACUUGAUGGGCUGCUAUAUCAACCCUCGACACUCAUCAAGGUCAAGGCCCGGUUUGGGGCAGCGGCCGCAAUUAUCGAUACCGCAACGAUGCGGCCUCUGGCCACCACCAAAGAUGGACUGGUGUGCCUCGAGGGCGGGGGAACCUAUACCGUCGUGGACUCACUCCGGAUGAUGGAGGCCCAGAUCGGCAAGACCGCAUCCCUUGACGAGCUUGUAUUGAAAGCAUCGCCUAUUGGCUUCAAUCCCAAGGGACGGCGAGCUUCGGACUGGUCGCUGACGAUAUCGACCGAGAAAGCAAAGCUGGGCUCUGGCACACGAAGAACCUCAGACGGGAGCUUUGCUCUCGGCUCCAACCGUGUCGAAGUGGUCUCGGAAUCCAAUUUGAACAAAAAAGAGCCCCAUGCUCGCGCAAAGUCGUAUGAUCAGAUCCGAAAGCCAAGCGAAAGCUCGUCGUUCUCGAACUUGCUGGCCCAGAUUCGCACACGGAAGCGUGGGGGCAGCACCCCGGUCGAUAAGGCUAUCCCUGAACUCGCGCCAAUCGACACCUCCGUGGUUGUCAAGAACGACGAUGCUCUAUCCGAGGCCGAUGAGGUCUCGCUGGUGGAUUUUCUGGGUGGCCCAAGCACCUCGCAGCCAUCUUCGGCCCGCCAAGCUUCGCUGCCGACAUCACCCAUAGCCCUGGGGGCAUCGCUCAGUGCAAGCACAACAACAGACUACCUCAAGAACAUCCCCGAAUCUCCGCGCUCAUUAUCGCCGUCAGUUUCUUCCAACACAUUACCUCGGAUGGCAACCCAUAACAAGCGAACGUCGUUUCAGACCCAGGCACCUGGGUUCAAAGCGGAAAAUGGACUCUUUAUUGCCAUUUCCAAAGCCCAGUUCAGCAAGCACAUGCUUCCACAAAUGAGCGACAUUGCGUGCACACUCACUUAUGUGCACGACGAUCAAACCCUACAACCAGUCUGGGUGGCACUGACGGACUACAUGAUCUACGCUUACCGAGAUCGGGUAUGUGCGGCUUUUGAUGCUGUCGUCAAACUCUUUGACAUUUCAUCCGAGGGUGCCAUGGCAUUCGCAGACAUAGCGACCAGUCCCUGUAGCUUUACAGUCGUCAGUAAGCGAAGCAAAGCAUAUCAGUUUUUUACAGACAGUUCGACUGAGGCGCUGGCCUGGGUUGGAGCAAUCAACACAGCGAGCUCCAACAUUGCCGUCGUGUUCGAGGAGCUGAAGGAGUUUGAGCCCGAUAAAGCGACAAUCUCGGAUGCAUAUUCCAUUGAGCAUCACAAGCUGAUCGCCGGGAUGCGAAACGUCAAUGUAGUCAAGAAAUCCGCUGCAGCUUCAAUCGAGUCAAGAUCUCUUCAGGAGAGCCAAUUAGCGGCACAAGAGGAUCAGCCGCCGGCUUGGGAAGCUUCCACAAUGGCUCCGCUACUCAAACAACCCAGUUUUGACUCAGCUGGUGUCUCAAUCAUUCGAUACGAUGCUGAAAUUGAACAAAGCGGAAAGUUUUCGAUUGCAAGUGCAACCCUCGACAAACUUAUCGAAAAACUUGCCGAUGACCAACCCCCAGACUUGGACUACAUAGACGCUUUUCUCUUGACCUACCGACACAUCACCACUCCAACGACUCUACUGGCAAAACUCACCGAAAGAUAUCCUUUAUAG